GAAAAGCCACAAUUUCAAACGAAAGAUUUAAUAUUUUGCUUAAAUUUGAUGCAAAAUGGUAUUAAUCCACCAUUAGCACGGCAAAGUGUCGCACCAUUAAUGAGCUCAAAUUUAGCAUCUACUUUAAUACGAGGAUCUAAUACUCAUGAUGUUUCCGGACGACAGGGUUCCGUAUCCGUAACAGAACGUGGACAUUCUGCAACUGUAACAACGCAUCGUAUUGUUCGUGAAACAGUUUGUCAAGCUAUUUUUCUAGCUCUCAAAGUGAUGAUAAUAACAUUCGAGAAGCAAAUGACAUUAUUAUGGCCACGGGUAUUUAAAGUGAUUCGUGAUUUGAUUGGUAAAAAAAUUGGUGGCACAUCAUUAUAUUCAUUUAUUGAUUUUAUGGUUGAUAUCAAUUUGCCAAUAUCACUUAUCAUUCUACCAUUCCUACAAAGCAAAAUAGCGCAAAAAGUUUCAAAUGAACAAGAAGCUGCAUGGCAAGUAGAAUUUAAAAAACGCCUACAACUAUUAGGUGGUGCAUCAGGAUAUGGUAUUCGUGGAUAUGGUUCAUUGUUAGCGGAAUUGUCACAUGAGUUACAGAUGAUGAAGGAAGACUUUUCGAUGAGAGCUUUUGAAAUUGCACGAUCUCAUACACCAACGAUCACAGAACUUCACAGUGAUUCGGGUAGUUCACAAAGUACCGUUGGAUAUCGUCAUUCAAAUACACGAUCAAAUGCUAAUGAUUCAAGACGCUUAUCAACGAUAACAAUUACAAAAUUAAAUCGAAUAGCUUCUUCAGUACAACAUAAAGAAACAAUACCUGAAAGGACAAUCGUUGAAGGUACAGAAGAUGACAAUUCACAUGUGAUAUCUUCAUCAACUACAAAUGCAGCACAAACUCAUUCCAUUGAUUCAGAAAAACGUACAGUUGUGGAAUUGCAUGAUUUACCGUUGUUUUCGAAACAUCAAAAUUCACCAAAUAUCGAAAAAAGGCAACCAAAAUUGGAAACUCUCGUACUUCCAUCAAGUUUGGAGGAACCACUUCGUAUGCCUUCAGAAUCAGAAAAACCAAAAGUCGUAUCAUUUACAACACCAGUGGGACAUCGGCGUGAUUCAAGUGGUGAUGAGGAUUUUGUUGAUCGUAUUACGGCACGACAUCAUUAUGUAUAAAAUUAUUCAUUGUGAUAUAAUCAUCUAUUAGGGGGGAUAUGCGUAAUUUAUGUUGGUUGUAUGAUUUGUCAAAGC